AUGGCGAACGGCGGUGGUGACGCCCGUGGCCGUGGUCUGGUGCCGGUACCGGUGCUCGUGCCCCGUGUUGGUGCCCCGCGGCCGGCGGUGCAUGGCGGGGCUGAGCGUGAGGCCCAGCGCGAGGCCCAGCGUGAGGCCCAGCCGCGGCCUUGGCCCGGGCCGCAGUGGAGGCUUCCCCCCGAAGGGCAGCCCCCGCCCGUGUCCCCCUUCCAGAGCCUGGUGCGGUCCCGGCGCCUGCAGGACCUGAGCGGUGACGGAGGGGUGCGCAAGCAGGAGCUGCGGCCCGGCACCGGGCAGGCCGUGCCCCGGGACGCCUCCGUGGCAGUGAAGUUCUCUGGAUACCUGGAACACCAGGAUAAGCCCUUCUGCACAAACUGCUAUGGCAAUUCUCCUGGGCUAAUGAAACUUGGGAAAGACAUUACGCUUUUGGGCCUGGAAGUUGGCUUGCUGACGAUGAAGAAGGGAGAGUUGUCAAGGUUUGUCUUCACACCGGAUUAUGCCUAUGGGAAGAAAGGCUGUCCUCCGCUCAUUCCCCCAAGUGCCACGGUCAUCUUUGAAGUGGAGGUGCUGGACUUUAUGGACUCGGCUGAAUCAGAUGCCUUCUUUGAGUUGACUGCUGAGCAGCAGGCAGCAUGUCCACUCCAAAAGGUGUUGAAAGUGGCAGACACGGAGAGACGGUUUGGCAACUACCUCUACCGCAAGAGCCUCUUCGAUGAUGCCAAAGACAGAUACAAAAAGGCAUUAUCCAUCCUUGGUCUCCGCCCUUCCAGUGAGGCAGAGCAGUGUCAGAUCAAUGCUUCCAAGCUGCCACUGCUCCUGAAUCUCUCACUCAUUUAUCUGAAACUGAAGCGUCCUACCCAGGCUUUGAAGUAUGGAGAGAAGGCCUUGGAAAUCGACCAAAGAAAUGCCAAAGCAUUGUUCAGGUGUGGCCAGGCUUGUCUCUGUAUGACAGAGUACGAAAAAGCCCGGGACUUCCUGGUCAGAGCUCAGCGUGUACAGCCCUUCAACCAUGAUAUUAACAAUGAGCUGAAGAAGCUGGCAAGCUGCUACAGGGACUACAUGAACAAGGAGAAAGAAAUGUGCUGCCGGAUGUUUGCUUCUCUCAACACUUCUGCCUGAGCAGGAACAAAGGGCCUUGCCAACUUGCCUCUUGGACUGGAGGGAGACCCUCUGGGCACACAGGCAUCUCUUCCGUGUUUUGGACACAGGGCAAGAGCACUGUCUUGUUUUGAGAGUGUGUUUGUACACAACCUGGUUUUCCUGAAGCUGAUUUUGUUUGCCACAUUCUGAGGCUGUUUCCGGAAGACACAAGUCCUGCUGCUGGAGGGAGGAAGGUGUUCCCUUGCUUCUCCCCAGCAUGCUUGUGGAAGGAAACUCUUCUCUGACAUCCUGCCUCUUACAGAUUCUGGGCUGCUUGUAGGGAAUCUGUACAUGGGCUGUGAUGCCAUCAAGUUCUGCAUU